AUGUAUCCAGUUGGAUGUCUUAGAAAUAUUCACCGGCCCACUCCCCCAUGGCUACGAGCUCAUAAUGGUCGCACUCGGCGAGCGAGCCCCAUGGCGACGAAGAAGAAACCUAGUUCGGAUCAGGGUAGCUCCUCCUCCGCGCUGGACUCCUCUCGCUGGGAGAGACGACUGCAAAAGGAGCUGAUGUCCUUGAUGAAGGAACCACCUCCAGGUGUAACUGUAGAUGCAGAAGGGGCCGGACAGAAUUUAACGCAAUGGAUUAUUCAAAUGGACGGAGCUCAAGGGACGUUGUACGAAGGGGAACAAUUUCAAUUACAGUUCAAAUUUAGUCCAAAAUAUCCCUUUGAUUCACCAGAGGUGACUUUCAUUGGUCCAAAUAUUCCCGUCCAUCCACAUGUGUAUAGUAAUGGCCAUAUCUGCCUGUCCAUCUUGACAGAAGACUGGUCACCAGCUCUCUCAGUCCAGUCUGUGUGCCUCAGCAUUGUAUCCAUGCUUAGCAGCUGCAAAGAGAAGAAAAGGCCUCCGGAUAAUUCUUUCUAUGUUAAAACGUGUAAUAAAAACCCAAAGAAGACUAAAUGGUGGUAUCAUGAUGAUUCUGUGUAAAAGAAGCUGUGAUCUAGCUCUAAGAUAGACUAUAAUACAAAAUACAACAAAAUAUGUUGAUUUCCUAAGCCUGAAAUUUAUCAGGAAAUCUUUGGAUUAUCACACGUUGUUGAAGUCAAGACUUCAGUUGUGAAGACCUAUUUUUCAUUCAUCACAGUGUUUGUGGUUUUACAUCUUCAAGUUUGUCACUUCAGAAGCAUUGUUGAACUUCAACCAAUUUCAUAAAAGCACUCAGACAACCAAAAAUCUUGCAGUGUGUUUUGUAGGUGCAUGUGUUGCGUUGUGUACAAGUUUCUGAGCAGGGAUAUCUGUACUUGUUGUAUAUAUGAAGAAAAAUUCAAGACAAAUUCCAUGUGGCAUUUUUAAUAUGACUAGAAGACUGAUGUGAGGAAUAGAGUCAGGUGCUUUCAGCAGCAGCUGUCCACAGUGCUUCCUCACACUUUGCAAGGGAUGUAGACCCUGCUAGCCUGGCCUAGGUUCCUUUUGUUUGUAGUUUUGCUGUUUUAUAGUCCUUUGUGAAACUUAUAAACUAUUUUGUGUGUUGUUUCAUGAUGCCCUACAAUUUUUCACCCCGCUUUAUGACUCUGCACUUGCUUUUUAUAUGAAUUAAAAAGAGAAAGACAUAUAUUGUCUGCUUUUUGUUCUAAAUUUACAUCUCCCAGACAACAGUACAUUCUUGUAAAUAUGAUCUAAGAGUUCCAAAAAUGCCAUUUCCAACUUGAUUUCUCUUUUAAACUUCAAGAAUAAUGAAAAGGGCAGGGUACCUUAAUUCUAGCAAUAAGGACAGUAUUAAGAUACCAACAGUUUCAAAUAGAGCAACAACUGUGUCUUUGAGAUAUUUAAUUUCAUAUUCAUUUAUCAAUAAAAAACUAGUCUACAAAUUUUGGAUAGUUAGGUCAACAAUCUAGAGGUGAGAUCCUUGUUUUUACUCUGCUCCAAAUGUUUCUUUUAGGAUACACCUAAGGCAAUGAGCUGCCUCAACCUGCAUAGAAGCAUUGAAGUUUCCCUGGCAUGUGGAUCCGAGUCGUAAAUGGAUCAGAUGAUUUUGGUACUUCAAUUGAAUAUGUAUACAUAGUGUGUUCUCCAUCAUUCAAAAUCUGGCAAAUUCUUCAAAUAUUUUUUUCAAUUCUGUUUGUCUCUAACUUAACUACUAUAGAUAAUACCAAUAAAAUAUAAAAUGAAUUCUGUAAACACCAUGGGGUAUCUGUACUUUUAUACCUAAGUCAUAAAUAUACCUCCUCUAGGCACUGGUAGCGUAAUCACAUUUGUGAUUCCGGUGUAUUGACAAUACUGACUAUCGAAAGUUUUAGUAUUACCUGUUGGAAUCUUCAAUAAGUUAAAUGAUUAUGCAUUUUUACUUGAUUUUUGUAUUUAGCUGGGAAGCCAUUCCAUUCUUUUUCGAAUUACAUGUCUCAUCUUAGUAAUUCUCCUGGGAAAUGGAUGACUCUGGACAUAUAAAUAAUACAAUUAUAAUUCUAUUUUCUUUGUAAUGUAUUGUAUUUAUGAAAUUCAUAGAUACUCUGUACUAAAUAAAAUAAAUCUUAUUGUAGUUAAUAUGCUUAUUCUAUGAACUGUAAAAACAAAGAAUAUGUAAUUUUAUCUUCACAUUUUGCUGUUACAAUAAUUGAAAUUAUCCAUUUCCGGUCCCACAGUAACUUUUCUUACUCUCUUUCUUAUAAAGUUUUGUACAGAUUCUCGUUGAGUUAUCAAUUUUCUAACAAGUUAACGUGGCACAGACUAUUUUGUAUCCAUUACUUGGUUAAUACAUGCAUUACGUUCUGAUAUUUCAUAUAGUUCAAUAGUGCACUGUUGAAUCUUACCAGUUCUGACCUUGUUCCAAAGCCGUAUUUGCUGCAUGGCCACACAGAUGUAGCAAAGGCAGCAAGAUGACCAGUGUCACACUCAGAUAAGUUCAUUUUGCCCAUCUGACAAUGAAAUGUGUAGUUUCCAAGUUUUAAGUGAUAAUUAACAUUGAAAUCGAUGUUACAUGAUUGUUGUAGUGAAGAUAUUUAAUCAUUGCCAUGUGAAAAUGGUGAACUAAUUGGAGUCUGCCGCGUGAGAAAGUGACCUAAGGUGGGUGUCAGACGUGCGUUGCGUUGACGCACGUCACGUAACGCUGAUGACGUCGAUGCAUGUGCACACGAGUCACGUAUCGUAGAUUAUCACAGUAUCUAUCUUAAGGCGGCUCCACACAUUCGGCAUUCGCCGAGCAGCGAUCUACUACUCGCCCAAUCCCGAACAGCUGAUGUGCUCGGCGAAUGUUCGCUCCCUUUGACGUGUCCUAAAGACCG